AUGAGGAAUUUCAAGCCUUAUAAUCAGCAAAAAAGUGGUGUAUAUUCACGGAAAAGUACGUCUUCUAAUCAUAAUGAUGGACGCGAAUGUAGUGCUAUCAUUAAUUAUGUUACACUUGCCCCUUAA